AUCCCCUGCCGCCUCACCCAUCCCAUGGAGCUGGAGGGGCAGUGGUGGAAAGGACAGCUGGCUGCCGACAUCCACCAAGCGCUUCGCUACAAGGAGCUGAAGCUACCCUCUUAUAAAGGCCAGUCUCCCCAGUUAAAUCUGAGAAGAUAUUUUGCAGACUUGAUUGCCAUUGUGAGCAAUCGCUUCCGACUCUGUCCUGCUGCCCGACACCUUGCUGUUUACCUCCUAGACCUCUUUAUGGACCGUUAUGACAUCUCCAUUCAACAGCUACACGUGGUUGCUCUUUCCUGCUUGCUUUUAGCAAGUAAAUUUGAAGAAAAGGAGGACAGCGUGCCGAAGCUUGAGCAGCUGAACAGCUUGGGCUGCAUGACUAACAUGAGCCUGGUGCUAACGAAGCAGAACUUGCUGCACAUGGAACUUUUGCUGCUAGAAACUUUCCAGUGGAACCUUUGCCUCCCCACAGCCGCUCACUUCAUAGACUACUAUCUCUCGAUCGCCGUUCAUGAGUCAGACCUCCAUGACGGAUGGCCAAUGGUUUGCUUGGAAAAGACCAAGCUGUACAUGGCAAAAUACGCCGAUUACUUUCUAGAAGUAUCCCUGCAAGAUCACGCUUUUUUAAAUUAUGCCCCUUCGUUAGUGGCUGCUGCGUGCGUGGCUUCCUCAAGAAUUAUCUUGCGUCUUUCUCCAACGUGGCCGGUGCGGCUCCAUCGCCUUACAGCAUAUUCCUGGGAUUUUCUGUUGCCGUGUAUUGAACGACUGUUGGUCGCCCAUGAUAAUGAUGUAAAAGAAGCCAACAAGCAAAAAGGACAACAUAGUUCUCAAGCUGCCCAUAACACUUUAUUUCAAACAACCAGUCUACCCUCACAGCAGCACAUACCCCAUUAUAUUCAAGCUCAUCAAACACCUCUACCGUAUCUUCAAACAGCACCACAAAACUGUCAGCCGAUUAUGUCAAGCAGUCAUACCUCAGCCUACCCAAUGCAGACCUGCCCAGCUGGUUUACAAAGUGGUGUUCAGACUCGAGGUCAUAUACAGUCUUCUGGAAUGUCACUAGCAGUCCCUAUAGAGGUGAAGCCAUGUUUAAAUGUCUCCUAUAAUCGAACCUAUCAGAUUGCUGGACGUUACCCUUGUAUUACUCCAUGCUUUGAGAGGUGACGACUACAGCAGAACUCUUUGUGUUACUAGUGUUAAAUAAAUAAUAGAGGACAAUUUUUGGUCCUCCUAACACAUGGGAAAUGGCUGAAAGAGAACACCAUUUUUUCUUCCCAAAGGUAGUUCAGUUGCAGAAACUGCAAACGUAAGAACAUACCUACUAGCAGGAUGUUAUAAUAGAGGAAGAUGGAAAAAAUACUUCUGCACACAGGAGUUCUACAUGUUGGACUUAAAACAUACUCUUAAAACUGUGUUGAGAGCACCUGUCCUGACUGCAAGUUUGUCUUCCCACGAAGAUGAAAGAUUCUGCAUGAUUUUGAAGACACUGCUGCUUCUACUUAUCUCUGUGCAGUAUUGAAUAAGAUACUAAACCAUUAAAGUCCACUAAGUGCCAUUGCUUUCCAGAAGAUGGAGAGGCAAGUGGGAGAAGAGAACCUCUUCAUCUAAUGAGCAGCUCAGUUCUUUAGACAUGCCCAUGGAUAAGAACUUGUAUUUCAAUGGCCUUGGAUUAAUGUUCUUCAGUCUUCUACUUCAAGUAUUCUUGUCUUCAUUGAAACUAUGUAGAGAUAAAUUAUCCUACCAACUCAGGGAAUAAUCAGAAGCUACUGUGAUACAGGAUAGAUAUCAUUUAAAUAGUUAUCUUGGGUUCUGUUCCUCAGGGUAAUUGUAGUAGUAAAUACCAAAGGGAGUUUAGAUGCUCAUCCAAGUACUCCCUCCACCUAAAUGUGCUUUGCAAUGAGACAGAGAAGAAUAGGCAUGUUGUAUUUAAAGAAGCCAGUACUAUACCAUAACCAAUGGAGUAUUGUUUGCAAUUUAUCCUGCUUUAUGCAACCAACUAUUUGUGUCCAAAAAGUUCUAUUUUCUUUUUUCAUUGUAUUGAUUCCUGGCUUCAAGGUACAGUUGAAAUGCUUACAAGAAAUAAAGCCUUAUUUAUGAUGGCCACAGAGCAGAUGAGAAAUGGAAAUUCUCACUCUUCCAGGACAAUUGUAUUUCUAUUUCCUCUGCCACAUCAGCUGCAAUUCAGGUAUUUUUAUAGGGUGAGCUAAGCAGUCACAAUUAGGGUGCUACAUAUGACCAUCAGAAGUGUCUUUUUAAGUUCUUACAUUCUGUCCUUACCCAAAGCAGAAUUACUUGAGCAAAUAGGCAGUAAAAAUUUUUGAGAAUCUUCUCGCUAGCAUUCAAUAUUAAGGAAUGAAUAAUUUGAUGUACUUAUAUCCAGUGAUCUGUGAGUCAGGUUUUAAGAGAUUACUGAGAAUGGAGGUGAUAGAGAACCUGAAGGUCGACAUUAAUAAUACAGACCUCCCCUAGUGAAAAAGGGACCAUCCUAAAUGGUUCUUAUUUAAAGGAAAAUAGCCUUAAAAUGGCUCUCCUAGAGCUGACCAUGCUAUGAGAAAAUAUUGUUUAAUUUGGAGGAGAAGCUAUCCUCUGUGGUGGUAAUUAUUUUAUGCCAUAAUAUAUUUUGUGUGUGUCUCCUUACAAAAAUGGGGAGUUUUGAGAGAAAGAAGUAUAGCAUCCUGAAAACAUACAUUUUAUAUGCUAGGGAAUGACAUGCUACUUCUUUCCUAAGCCUGUUUUAUUGUUACUGUGUUUCCCUUUGCAUGUCUAAGAGGGGAAAAAUUGAUUAGGUAACAGAGUUGAGUGUCUGAGGUGUCUUCUUACAUGAUGUAAUUUCUCAUGAUUUCAUUUUAUGUGGGGAUGAAGGACUGCAAAAUACUUCAGAAAAGGAAUUAUACUUAUUUCAAUUUGCAAUACAAUUCAUAAAACACUCCAUACUUUAACUACCUCAAUAAUACUUUGAAUGUACAAUUUUGUGGAGAUCCACAACUUGAAAUAACAGCACAUUGUUUCUAAAAUUUUUACGUUGCCUUCAGUUUCAUCCUCCAUAUAUGAGAGAGCAAAGUAGACAUCUAAUACAUCUGAAAAUGAUCUUUCAGGCCUUUACACUCAAACAUUAGCUAAUAAUUAACACUGGAAUUGUGGUGGGAGAGGUAAUUUGUCUAGUUAAAACAGCAAAGCUCACAUAAAAUGGAAUUAUCUUAUUUAAGGUAUUUAAGUCAUUAGACUUCCUUGCUAAAAAUAGAUCCACUACUUGUUACUAGAUUUGUGGCUCACUACUUUUUUAAUUUAUUAUUUAGCCUUUUGAGUUUGAUGUUAUAGAUUAAUAUUGGCAAUAGAAUAUGCACUGUACAACAUUUCCUAUUAUAAGUAUUUGGUCAAUUUUCACUGAAUCCACACACUACUGAAGUUCCUACUGCAGGAAUUAAAAUGUGUGUCAUGAUGAAAGAAAUACACAUUGAGAAAGAAAAAACCAGGUGAGUGCCAUGCACUCUUUUAAAAAUAAAAAUAGU